CGAACGUUUGGACAUGACUUUCGUGAUAAAUUUCAAUACAAAUUCAAAAUUUCACAAAGGCUCGGUGAUUGACCAACAUCGUUUCGAAUCGAUUACCGAACAACGACGUCUCUUGCAUCAGUCUCGCCGCACUCAUCUGAAAGAUGUCAAAAACCGAAGUACAUCGUCACCAUCAUGAACACCGGGCAGGUGAACGUGUUCAAGCAAACAAGGUAGCGCGUCGACAAUAUCGACAAAGAGGCCAUCAUCUUAUAACAGUUAAGCAUCACGCGAAAGUUCAUACUCGUGCCAACCUUCGAGGACCUCUUCACUCCACAGGAACCUGAAAUCAUCGUAGAUCUUUAAAGCCUUACGAUCCAGGAGACAAAGAUGACACCUCCAAUUUUGUACUCCACUGAUGCCAGUCCACCGUGCCGUGGAGUUUUGUUAGCAGUAGCAGCUGCAGGGAUCAAACUCAAUGUUCAAGAAAUACAUCUUAUGGAUGGUGAGCAUCGCAAGGAAGAGUUUCUCAAGAUGAAUCCGCAGCAUACCCUGCCAACUUUGGACGAUGAUGGUUUUCACAUUUGGGACAGCCACGCAAUCGUCACGUAUCUGUUCGAUAAAUAUGCAAAGGAUGAUUCAAUGUAUCCGAAGGAUCUCCAGAAGCGUGCAGUGAUCAAUCAACGCCUUCAUUUCGACAAUUCAAUUCUUUUUCCUGCUAUAAGGGAAAUUGCUGCCCCGAUUUUGUACAAGGGUGUCACCGAAAUACCGCAAGAUCGGAUUGACUUCAUUAAGCAAAACUUCGAAUUCUUAGAAAUAUUUCUGGGAAACUCUGACUGGAUGGCUGGUAAUACAUUAACUUUGGCUGAUACCAGCAUCAUCGCAUCAGUGACGUCCUUGAUGGUUUUCGUACCCUUGGACCAAUACCCUAAAUUGGCUGCUUGGGUAAAACGAUGCGAGGACAAAAUUCCUGGCUACGCAAAGGCAAAUACAGCAGGAGUUAAAAUUUUUCAUAAUUUAUUCGGAAAAUUUUUCUCCAAAGCUUAGAUUCACGGGAUGAUUACAAUUGUAAAAUUCUAACUGACGUAUAAAAGAGGUACUGUCAAAUUACCUACGAUCACACAAUGAAACAUUCAUUUUUGUUCCACACAUACCUAUGUAUCCAUUUGGCAAAAUGAUAUUUGAACUCUGCAUUAUUCCUCCAAAUGCAGUACAGAUGUAACCACCUGAAAAAAUGUCUUCGUCAUCUUGAGAACCGUAAAAAUAACUGCCCACGAUGUAUUGAAUAAUGUGCAUUAUGAGAAUAAAAUCCAAAUAAUAU